AUUCAUCAAGAUAACAUCCUGUGUCAAGCUACUCCUAGCCUCACGAUUUAGGAGGUUAAGAAAAGCACAUUGAUUCAGGUGAAGAGGAAACGGGGUAAUUCGCUUCACGUUGUCCGGUCUAUGGAAAGUAUUUUUAACAAAGAUACAAUGCCGUGUCACAACCAGGAGCUUAACAGCGGUGCCAUAAGCAGCGCUAAACAAGUUCGUUUCGCCAAUUCCUCUGAAACUUCAAGUGAUGAUCAACAGCACGAUGCGAAUCACGGAGCGGGCAUCAGCAACGACCUUAUUCUGGAAAUCGGGCUUCAACUUAAACUUCUUCCCUUGAACGACCAAAUCCGAGAGUUGCAGACCAUAAUUCGAGACAAAACAACCAGCAGAGGGGACUUUGUGUUUUGUGCUGAUCGACUGAUUCGACUUGUUGUUGAAGAAGGACUCAAUCAGUUACCAUAUUCAGAGUGUACAGUGACCACUCCAACAGGGCACAAGUAUGAAGGAGUGAAGUUUGAGAAGGGUAACUGUGGUGUAAGCAUAAUGAGAAGUGGUGAGGCAAUGGAACAAGGACUGAGGGACUGCUGUAGAUCCAUUCGAAUUGGAAAAAUCCUAAUUCAGAGUGAUGAGGAGACGCAAAAAGCCAAAGUGUACUAUGCCAAAUUUCCUCCAGAUAUUUUUAGAAGGAAGGUUUUAUUAAUGUACCCAAUAUUAAGUACUGGUAACACAGUUAUUGAAGCAGUGAAAGUUCUAAUAGAACAUGGUGUUCAACCUAAGCACAUCAUACUGCUUAGUCUCUUUUCAACACCUCAUGGUGCUAAAUCAAUUAUUCAAGAAUUCCCAGAUAUAACUAUCCUAACAACUGAGGUUCACCCUGUGGCACCAACACAUUUUGGGCAGAAAUACUUCGGGACUGACUAACUGGAAAAUAAACAACAGAUCCAUUUUCUGUAGCUGUUAA